UUUCUAACCCGGAAGUUGAAACCGAGGCCCACACAAUUUUAGGGGAAAUUUCCGUCGUUUCCAUUAACAAAGUGGAAGAAUGGGACUAUUGUUUUGACUUAAACUAACAACAAGAUGGCAGUCGCAUUAAUUUUGAAAUCUUGAUUAACAUUUUUUUUUUACAAGGCUAAGGAUAUAUAUAGGCUGUGAGUGUGACCUUUCCGAACUCAAGAUUUUUUCCAAUUUCGCUAAAAUGUCCAUGUCGGAGAUGGAAAUUGUGGAUUCGAAUGGCAAAAGUAUAAGUCUUAGUGACAAGUACAAAGAUAUAUCCCUAGAUGCAUUACGGGUUAGUGCAAGAAAAAAGCUAUCUUUGUAUUUAAACGUCCAGUCUGAAAUAGUGAAUGACGCAAAUGGCUUAGUCAGUGAUUACAAUGGACUUGCUGAAAUGGUGGGCUUUGGGUUUCUGGAAAUCAAAGAGUUCGAAAGACAGAAAAAUCCAACAGAUGAGUUGCUCACAGAAUGGACAAACCGGUCCGAUUUGUCCCCAACCAUUGGGCGGUUGUGGGAGUUUCUGGUGGAGUUGGGACGGUUGGACGUUCUUGAAGAUUGCAAAAAUUUGAUAAUUCGUGAUGCUGAUGCCUACAUCAGGAUGAAGAAAGAAAGAGAGGAGAAAGAAAGUCCAUUACAAGAGGACUGGGUUACCUCUACGGAGUCGGCCAUCGAUCAUAACGUGGACGAGCUGGCCAUCCUCUGUAAAGACGACGUGGAGAGGGGAAUGCCACAGUUCUUUGACGCCUUCGUGUGCUACUCCCCCCAGGGUGAGGACCUGGUGUUUGUGAAAGAGAUGAUUACUAAGCUUGAGAGUCCCCCACACAACCUAAAGCUGUUUGUCCCCUGGAGAGAUGACCUGCCUGGUGGGGCUCGCUACGUCAUUGACGCCCGCCUGAUCGAGAUGAGGUGCCGGCGUAUGGUGAUCAUCAUGUCCAGGAACUACCAAAACAGUGCCUCCGCAGACUUUCAGGUCAAAUUUGCCCACGCAUUGUCUCCAGGUGCUCGCAGUAAGAAGUUGAUUCCUGUGCUGAUUGAGUCUGGGAUACAGGUGCCCCAGGUGCUACGUCAUGUGACCCUGUGUGACUACACCAAGCAGGACCUGAAGGACUGGUUCUGGGACCGCCUCUCCAAGGCCAUCAAGGCACCGCUGGACCCGCAGAACUCAGGAUAUGGCACAAAGACAAUGGCCUCUGCCUCCUCUUCACCCUCCCUCUCAUCUUCCUCCCCCAGCAAGCCAUCCGUAGACAUCUCCUCCUCCGGAGGCCUGGGUUUCCACGCGGGGAGUAACACCAACGUCCGACAGGAGCUGUCCGAGUUCUGCCACCUACCGGCCUCUGACAGUUCAGCCAGCAUUUCAUCGAUGUCCUCUAUGGACAGCUCUAGCCUGGUCAGUCGGGGGUCGGUCCCCACCCAGCACCCCUCCUCAGACCCCAUGGAACACACUGAUAUCACCUCCAUGGGACCAGACUCAAUGAUCAAGAAACAGAGAAAAGAAAAAAAGCCUUCUGGACUCAAAAACAUUUUAAACCGAUUCAAAAACUCAGGGAGCAGUAACAACACUAGUUCCCACUGCUGAUGGUGGAGUCCACCUGUCGGGUUUUGACUGAUUAGAACAGGUGUCUUACAUGAACUUAACCCUGACACUGGUAGACAGAAGUUGUAUGCACCAGGUCACACUGUUUUACUGUGUCAGGGCUGAAAGGGAACCAUUUUUAUUUAACUUGAUGCAGCUGAGAUCUUUUUUUCAUUAUUGUUUCCUUUCUGUUUUGUUCACAGAAUGUAUGUGUUUGUGUUUCUUAAACGGCAAUUUAGCAGAGAAAUUUAUUAUUAUUAUAAAGUUGUAGUUUUAUAAAUGUUUAUUAUUAGUAGAAUUUUUUUUCAAAGUACAUGUAUGUACACUGAAGUAAUCGUUUUAAGCAAAUGUCUUACAAAUCAAUUAAUCUAGACUUUAAUGUUGUGUUGAACUACCCUAUGGGAGCAGUUGACAAUACUUGUGCUGAUUUCCUUGAUGGAUGCGGAGUGGUAGGGUCUUGCUGAGAUUAUUACGUGUGGUCUCCGUAUGUCUGUCUGUCUGUCUGUCUGUCUGAUCACUGUUAGUUUGUGCUGUACGAGAGUACUUUAUGUAAUACAUGUACUUUGAACUGUUUUCAUUUAAAAAAUAUACUUCAUUAAUGUAUUUUAAAUGUAGUUAUUUACAGGUGGUGGUAAUUUACACUAGUUAUGUAGUAAACAUAAAACUGCAUGAAAUACCCAUGCGUAUGGAAAAAAUCAAAACUUUGAAAGAGUCUUCAAUCAUGCAUCUGCCUAUUUAAUACCUGGGGGUAUUGUUUGCCUACAGAAUAUGGGUACUUAACCACCGCUGUAAAUAACUUUUAUAGUACUUGAACCAUCUCUCCUCUGACUGUCCUCAACUCUAUAGCACUAACAUAGCACUAUACUGCUGCUGUUGAGUAAUCAGAAGUACUGUGCUCAUCCUGCACAUUUAGUACAGGACAGAUUGUGCUGAAUGAUCUCACCCUCGUCAUGCUAUUUCAGUAAUGUUUUCCUUUGUUUUAUAUCACCACAUGCCCACUCUUGCUGUAAGCCACUGCAGAGUCAAGCACAAUCCAUAGUUUGGGGGGAUGUUUAGUAAUACUAGUAGUUGCUGCACCUCACCCACUAUUGCAUCAUGUUUGACCAGAGUGGCUUUAGUAACUAUGAAACACUACUUGAAUGGUUAUAUCACAUUUUGUGUACAGUGCUAUUUUUAAAUUUUUUUGUGAUAUCAUUAAAUUUUCUGCUCUGAAUCAACUUGUAGAAAAUUGUUAGUUUAAUAACUACCAAAUUUAUAUUCAAAGACUUUGUAUUGUAAGAGAUGCUACUUUUUAUGAGUUAAUGGUUCCAACAUGUAUAUUUUGCUUCUUUAGAUCGGCCAUGUUCAGGUCAUUACCAGUAAUCAAAUGGUCAUAGCAUUUCAUUUUCACAUUAGUAUAUAUUUUAUUUGACCUAGAUCAGUAAGUGGCUGUUGCAUCAGCUAUAAAAUGUGGAUUUCAUUGGUUGCCAAAACUUUUCCUCAAUAUUAUAUUCGCUCUUUAUACAUGCUUAAAACUUUUUUACCAAUCUCCUGUUUUGAAAUUUCUUAUAUUCAAAACUGAAAGGGCUUGGCUAUGAUGGAGUGAUUAGAUUCAAUUAAAUAGAUCUGAAUUUAACAGACAACAUUCAAUAAAAUAAGGUUAACAUGAUUUUGGUUAUAGUUAUUUCAAAAUUAAUUGGUCUUUGCCCUGGAUUCUUUCUUCUUUUUUGAAUUGUGUGUGAUGACAAAAUAUCUGAUAGAAACACCUGCACUUUGCUCUACAUUAUUCUUAAUCAAGAAAAGUUGUCAUUCCACAACUGUUAAUGAAAUAUCAAACAAUUACCAUCCACUUUGAUAUCAUAUUCUGAUAUCAGACAUGGCACCAUCACUUUCAUUUGUCCUUAACCUAUGUUGCUACAUGUACAUUCAGAAGUGACUUUUUCACACAGGUUUGUAAUAUUGUUUUAGGUUGCAUUCUUUUGUACAUUGUAAGAUGUUUUCCUGUACAGUUAUUUGACAUGAGGAUGUUGACAAUUUUAUGUAUAUAUACAUGUAUAUUGUCUGUUUCUUUUGUUACUUUUGUUGAGUUAAGGUCUACGUGUAUAAAUCUGCAUGUUAGUUAAUAGGGGAAUAACUUUUAUCACGAGAUGAAUCUUGUAGAACUUAAGUGUUGUUUUAUAGAAAAACUAUUGUAAAACGAAACAGAAGUCGUGAAGUGGUGACUAACUGACUCGUGAAAUUCAAUAGUCAAGGAAUGAAAUAUUAGUUACCAUGGAAACCAAAGCAGCUUAAAUAAUCUGUGAAUGCAAUAAUUUUUCUAUAAUAUUUCUCACCAAAGCUGCACAUAUCUAUCGGUCAUUGCACCUGUGCUUGAAUUUGUAAGUUGACCUUGUGGAAAACAGCUUCUGUACGGUCAUACAUGUAUCACCUUUCAUAAUCUCUUCUCAAUAACUUAAUGGAUGGGUUAUUGUCCCUAAUCUGAACUUAUGGCCCUCAAAGAUUUUCUGUCAAAAGUUAUUUGAGCUUGCCAGGGAAAACAAUAAAGUUGAAUGAUUGUUAAGUGUGUACUCAGUUGACAUAAGGCAUAUCUUAGACUGCCUAUUAUUACCAAUGAGAGCUUUUUUGUUAAGUUUUUAAUAUAUUACAGGAAUUUGGAAUUUGAUUGUUUUUACUUGAUGCCAAUCUUAUGUGAUGUUUUGACAUGGAUGUAAUUGGUAGAGGAAGAAAAAAUGGGGAAACAUUAAAUUUGUAAGUGCUCAGCACUGAUCUCAAGAACUAACUGUUUGACUUUCUAAUAUGUAAGAAUCUGUGUAUCUACAGAAAAAUCUCAUCUCUGUUUUAACCAACAUCCAGAAUUUUCUUUUUGUUUUGCUUUGUAAAUAUACCAAUAUCAUAUUACUUUCAUUUCUAUAAUUUGGUUUCUGCUUUUCAUUUUAAUUUAUUUCAAGAUAAGUUCUCAGUGUUAUUGAUUGCUUUGUCAAAGAUUGACACCACAUUGUCUCUAUAGAUUGAGAAUUGCCAAGCUUUAGGUGUUGUGACAUGUGGGUUAGCUUGUACAGCAACAAUGUGUCAGAUCUACCCGGUAACUCUUAGUAAAGUGAUCAUUCCAAUGUUAAUGUCUCUGGCAUUGUUUAUGAAAGUUACCUUCAAAACUGGUAAAUUUUGACUGGAAUUUUAAACACAAACUGUUAUUGUUUUGAAAGUCAUGUGUUGUUAUACAUGUAUAUUGAUGAAAUGAUUGUUGAUGAUCAAUUUUUCUGGAAAUUAAAAUAUAUAUGUAUGGUGUCAAAGUCUAAGAAGAAGCUGUAUUUACUUGUAAAUUGCUGACUCCAUAUAUUUAAAUCAUUCCUCUUUAUUAAAAUAUAUAUUUUUAAGAUGCUGUCAAAUUAUCUUUGAACAUUGUACAUCUACUUUAAUUUUUUAUGUGCAAAAGUCCGCUGACUCUAAAGAAAAUAUGAAAAAUUGUUAUACUGUAUACUGAGAAAUUUUCACCCCUGUUUUUAGUUUUCUCCUUUUAUACCGCCCCUAUAAAAUAAUUUAAAAUGGGGCUAAAUGAAAUUACAAGUUACUUCCCUUUGACAACAUUUGAGUUGAGGAGGAGUAUCUUUUACAGCUUCAAUACGGCAAGAAAAAACAUGGGGUGCUAAUAACUCUGUAUAUGGUACUUAUGCGGAACUUCUCGAAUUCAAUGAUUGUUACAAAGGAAUAGUCCUGUUUUGUCAUGUGAUAAAUAAAUAUUGAGUGUUUUGA